AUGUCCCUAAAGGUCGCCUCCUUCUUCCUCUGCACCCUGAUUGCACCUAAUCUCACAGAUGAAGAUGCUUUGCUGCCAGCACCUCAGAAUAUCUCUAUUAUUUCUACCAACAUGAAACAUUUCUUAACUUGGAGUCCUGUGACCAUCCGAGGAGAAACCGUGAGAUACUCUGUUGAAUUUCAGGGGGAGUAUGAACGGGAGUAUGCCAACGAGAGCUGGAUCCCCAUCUGUGAGUGUUCGCUCAUUACAGCCACAGUGUGUAACAUCACAGAGGAUAUCUCAGCCACUGUUCCCUAUAACCUGCGUGUGAGGGCAGACAUUGGCACUCAAAGAUCAGAGUGGGGCACCCUCAAAGUUUUCUUCAAUCGCAUCACAACUUACCUGACCCCACCUCUGAUGAAGAUCAUAGCAGAUGGGUAUCAUUUACUAGUGGAGCUGGAAGACCUGGGGCCAGCCUUUCAGUUCCAUGUUCUCUAUUGGAGGAAGGGCCAGGAGAGUAGGAUACAGCAGAAGAUGGUAAAAGAGAUCAGCUCCACACUUCACCUGGACACCAUGGAGGCAGGAACUGAAUAUUGUGUAAAAGCUCAGACAUAUGUAGAGGCCAUCAACAGAAGCAGCAACUUCAGCGAGAUGCAGUGUGUGAGGGCACAAGGUGACAGAUCCACGUGGCUUGUUACUGCCCUCAUCUCCUCUGCCAGCUUUGCUGUGGUUGCUUUGACCCUUCCUUUCCUUGCCUGGAAAACAAGCAAAAUCUUGAAGCUUGAACACUGUGAUCUGAUGGUGCAUGUGAUGCCCUCAGAAGAUGUUCUCCGACUGUGGAUUCAAGAAACACUUUAG